AUGGUACCAUUCGCAUCACAGACAGACAGAUCGACAGAUCUACCAAUCAAGCAAGCUACAAUGGCAUUCAAGUUCGUCGCUUUCGCCACCCUCCUGGCCGCCGCUAACGCCGGCCUGAUCCCCACGGCUCAGCUGUCGUACGCGCAGCCUGCUCCUCUGGCGUACGCCGCGGCGGCGCCGUUGGCUGUGGCCCCCGUAGCCAAGGCGGUCGCCGUGGCCCCCGUGGCUAAGGCGGUGGACGCCGACUACGACCCUCAUCCCCAGUACAGCUACGCCUACGACGUCCACGACAGCCUGACCGGCGACGCCAAGAGCCAACAGGAGUCCCGCGACGGAGACGUUGUCCAAGGAAGCUACUCGCUGAUCGAGGCCGACGGAACCAGGCGCACCGUCGACUACACCGCCGACCCCGUCAACGGAUUCAACGCGGUAGUCCGCAAGGAGGCUGCCGCCGCUCCCCUGAUCGCCGCGCCGGUCNCUUACGCCGCACCCGUCGCCAAGAUCGCCGCACCCCUCGCAUACGCCGCCCCCCACGCCUACAUCCACUGA